UGUGUGUUGAUAGUUGCCAUUUUUCCCGACAGUCUUGAUCAUGUUCAUAGUAGAUAUACAUGAAACAAACAUAACCUUUUAUUAAAGAACUUAUUUAAACAAUCCAUAAAAUAAAUGUAAAUAUACAAUGGCUGAAAUAGAAAUAUUUAAUAAUGUGAUAUCUGUAAUUGAUAGUAAUACGAAGAAGCCGGAACAAUUUUUGAGCGUGCAAAAUGAGGCAGCUCUAAACUUUAAAAAUUCGACGAAACGUUUAUAUGAUUUCUUAAAAGAGCAAUCAGAAAGGAAAACGAAUGCUUUGCCAGAGCUUGUAACAGAAGGUUUUGAUGAAGAACAAAUCUGGCAGCAACUUGAAUUACAGAAUGAAAGUGAACUUGUGCAUUUAAUAUCUGGGGUUUCAAGGAUUUUAGCUGGUGGUAAAAAAUUAACGAUACCAGUUACUACGGAGAAACCAACAAUUAUUGAUAGUGCUAAAGAGGCUGUGGUAAAUGAAAAUGAUGGAGACAAAGAUGAUGAAAUAGAAAAUCAAUCUGAAGAUGGCGGUUCAGAGGAUGAAACAGUAACAAAAAGUAGUCUAAAAAAGCAAAAGAAAGACAGCAAAAAUAAGAGAAAGAAGUCAUCUAUAGUAGAUGACAAAUUCUUUAAAUUGCAAGAGUUAGAUGAAUACCUAACUAAGGAGGAGAGGAAAGAAGUACAAAAUGAAAAAAGUGAACAAGACUCUGAUGAGGAAUCGGUAGAUCUGUUUAAUGAUUUUUCUGAUGAUGAUGAUGAAGAGAAUAAAAGUGGAGACGAGAAGCUACUAAAAUAUACAGACUUUUUUGAUAGUCCACAAAGUGAAGAUGAAGAAUUUGAUGAUUCUAUGCAAAAGAAAGAUAAUGAUAAUAAGGAUAUAGAUGACAAUUCACUAUGUGAUGAUUCAGAUAAUGAAAUGGACAUUGACGAAGGAGAUGAUCAUAAAUCUUCUAAGAAAAAAGUUACUUUCAAUCUUACAAAUGAUUCUGAUGAUACAGACAGUUUAGAAAAUAAAUCUGUCACCAGAAAGGAAGAAGCAGAUAUCAAAUCUUCUCUUGAAACACGUCAAGAUCGGUUAUUAAAAAAAAUUUCAGAAUUAGAGGAAGAAGCACUUGCAAAGAAACCCUGGCAGCUGAAAGGUGAAGUAAGUGCUGCCAGUAGACCACAAAACUCUUUACUGGAAGAAUUCGUAGAAUUUGACAUUAUAACAAGGCCUGCUCCAGUUAUUACAGAGCAGACCACAUUAAAAUUAGAAGACAUUAUUAAGCAAAGAAUAAAGGAUAAAGCUUGGGAUGAUGUUGAGAAAAAAUUCAAACCAGUGGAAACCCCAAUGGAAUAUAAAAAGAAGUUGAUCUUGAAUCAAGAAAAAAGCAAAGAAAGUCUAUCUCAGAUUUAUGAAAAUGAAUAUCUUAAACAAAAGGAAGCAUUAAACCCGGAUGCCGACGAGAAAGAGGAAGAGGAACCAAAGUUGCACACAGAAAUUCGAGAAAUGAUGCAUACCUUGUUCAUAAAAUUAGAUGCUCUGUCUAACUUCCAUUACACUCCACGACCAAUCGGACCUGAACUUAAGAUCAUUAGCAAUAUUCCAGCAAUUAAUAUGGAAGAAGUAGCACCAGUAGGAGUUAGCGAUGCUGCUUUAUUGGCUCCCGAAGAAAUUAAGGCGAAACAACGAGGCGACCUAAUUGGCAAGGGAGAAAGAACAAAGACGGAUAUGAAGCGAGAAAGAAGACAUAAGAAGAUGAGGCAACGAGCUCGACGAGAAGCUAUGGAGAAGAAAGAAAAACUGAACGCGUUGAAACCGGGAAUAGACAAGAGAUUUAAAAAGAACAACGCCGCGGAAUUGACGAAGAAGCUGACCAAAAAUCGUAAUAUUAUUAAGAUGGACGAAACGGGACAAAAGGUUCCAAAGUCGUCUACUGCGUUCUUCAAUCAACUGCAGGACCAAGUGACGAGUCACAUCAAGUCCAAGACCGGUGCGCGCUCUCGGAAGAACCAGAAAGAUACAUUAUCUGCAGUAAAACUAAAAUUAUAAUUUUUGUAUAAAGUUUUUUAAAUACAAGAGAUCAUGUUGUACAGUAAUCAUCAUAUUAGACCUUAAAAUCGAUUUCCAUGAAAUAUUAACUUUAGUGGAACAAUAAAAUGCAAAGGGUUGAAUAAUUAUGCAAACUUUCCAACACGAAUGUGGACUUUAUAUUAUCAAUUGUUCCGUGAUUCAUACAACUUUUAUAUUUAUGUAAUAUAAUAAGCGCA